AAUGCGCUCUCUUCUAAGAUGAAGAUCACUUUCACUUUACCCAAAACGAAAUAACGCAGUCAAAUCGAGGGUGAGAUCAGUCGGAAAAUGGAUGCCGGCAGUGGGUUUAGCACGGCGGCGUCCCCGUCGAUAACAAUCGAAGAACAGAAGCUGGAAAUAACAAAACAGAUCAGAAGUUACGAGGUUGCCAUUGCAGAGCUCAAUCAUCUUUCCUCUUCCAGAGCUAUCUUUCAGAAAAACGGAAACAUAUUUUUUCGCACGACUGUUCAAAAAGCAACAACUUCAGAACAGAAGAAACUUGAUGCGGCUACAGCAAAACUCGAAAGACUAAAUUCUUGAUUUGGACAGUCGAGGUAGAAAUAUUAGGAAUGACUUUCUUCUAAGUACUUUCAAAAUGCGUUUCAGGUAUUUAAAAAGCCAUUCCAAACCGGUCUUGAAUUUCUCACAUAUUCAAAGGAAACUCAGGAGCAAAGCCUUGAUUUAGAGGUUCAAAAUUCAGCUUGCAAAAUCUAUUUGUUAAAACUUCUUCCAUUUGAAUCAACCCUCGAUAUUUUGUCAUUUCCUCAAUGAAGGAAAGUAUAUGAAAGAUGAAUAGCUUGUUUUGAUGUAAUUGAUCAUUCAUUUUGCAGACAAUGAUGCUUCAUCAUGUAAGUUUGAGCUGAUAUGAUACAAUUUUUUCAAA